UGUGUGUGAGUAUUGUGCAGCUCACCGAAGGCCAUGGUGUGAUGUCUGUAAACCUGAAAUUAAGACGUGAUGUUCCAGCAUCAGUGCUGUCUGUUCUUCUGUCCUCUCCAGUCAGAAAUCGGGUUUGGGAAGCUGGAGACCUACAUCAAGCUGGACAAACUGGGAGAGGGCACCUACGCAACAGUAUUUAAGGGAAGAAGUAAGUUGACGGACAACCUUGUGGCACUGAAGGAGAUCAGACUGGAGCAUGAGGAAGGAGCACCGUGCACGGCCAUACGAGAAGGUAGGACUGGUCACCAAGAACAACCAAUCAGAUCCUUUUCUGGUGUUGUCUGACUGCUGUCAG